AUGGCGCUGCUGCCCUUGCUGGUGGCCCUCUUCCCUCCAGCCUCAUACCCCAAGCCAUGGCUGGGGGCUCAACCAGGUGCAGUUGUGACUCCCGGGAUCAACGUGACCUUGACGUGCCGGGCUCCCCGACCCCAGCCCGCCUGGAGGUUCGCACUCUUCAAGGCUGGAGAGAUCACCCCAGUGCUGCUCCGGGAUGUGGCGGCACAGCUGGCGGAGUUCUUCCUGGAGGAAGUGACCCAGGCCCAGGGGGGGAGUUACCGCUGUUGCUACAGGAAGCAAGAGUGGGAGCCAGGGGUCUGGUCCCCACCCAGUGAUGCCCUGGAACUGCUGGUGACAGGUGAGGCCCCGCCACUCCCGGGAAGGAAGGUUGGGCAAUCUACUUCCGUAGUGAUACGCUGCGCGGGCCGCGUGGGCGGCAUGAGCUUCGCGCUGUACCGCGUGGGCGCCGCGGCGCCGCUGCAGUUCCGCGACUCGGCUCAGGCCUGGGCCGACUUCCGGCUGCCCGCCGCCCGCGCCCCCGGCACCUACAGCUGCUACUACCACACGCCCUGGGCGCCCUACGUGCUGUCGCAGCGCAGCGAGCCGCUGGUCGUCAGCUGGGACGGCGCGUCACCCGCCGACUACACCCGGGGGAACCUCGUCCGCCUGGGGCUGGCCGGCCUGCUCCUCCUCGGCCUGGGCGCCUUGCUGGCUUUUGACUGUCGCAGCGCGACCUCCGCCCCGGGUGGCAUCCGGCCCUGA